AUGGCAUCCAAGCAGAUCAUCGAGGAGUUUAUUGACGAUCUCAUCGAUCAUCUUGGUGGCGUGCAGCAGGGAUUCCUGCUGCUGCGCGUUGCGGAUGGUUUCUACGGAAACCUCCACAGUCAGGAGAUGAGGUGGACACAUACACAAGAACAUCCACAGCUGAACCAGUCAGUGCAAAGAGAGGUUUGGAAGACAAGAAGCCUCACAUGCCAGCAUUCAGCACUGCAGCUUAAAGGCUUGGCAGAGUCUCCGAGCCCGAGUGACACCACGUUUUAUCCUCGGAUUUCCUGCAUCUUCUUACAAAACACCAGCCCGCAGAUGCGGGAUGGGGGGACAGGGUGGGCGGACAGACAGGAUGCACCGCGGGCUCGUACCCGCCGGGCACAUCCUCGCCUGCUGAAGGCUCCCCACACACACCCUGAAGGCCGAGGGAGGGCUCCGGCCCGCGGUGCGGAGCCACCGGCUCGGGGCCAGCCGGGCCCGGCCCCCUCCCAGCGCCCGGCCCGGGCCCCACCUGAGCUCCAGCUGGUCCAGGUUCUCGAGCAGGCGGCUGGAGCGGUCGGCCAUGGAGGUGGAGCGGUAGAAGCGGCCGCGGAGCUGCCCGCCCGACUGCUGCUGCUGCUGCGGCUGCUGCUGCGCCCCCUCGCUGGCCUUGGCGCUGAUCCUGGCCUGGGCCAUCCCACCCGCCGCUGCCGCCGGCGGAACCUCGCUGCGGCCGCUCCCUCCCCGCGUCCCGCAGGCGGCGGCGGCGGCCGAAUGCCGGCACCUCGCUCAUGGCCAAAGAAGGAGCCGCCCCGCCGCCGGCCCCCGCGGCCACCCCGCCCCCGCGCCGGGCCCGCGGGCGCCGCCUCACGCAGCGCGGCGGGGCCGCCUCGCCUGGGCCCGGGGCGGCGGGAUCACCGGGCGGGCCAGGCUGGGAGGGACCCACCGGGCCGUCUGGUCCAACCUCCCCGCCCCCUCUCGAGUGACGGAGAUUCCACCACCUCCCUGGGCAAUCAGUUCCAGGGCUCGAGCACCUCGAAGGUAAAGAAGUUCUUCGUACUCAGGUGGAACUGCCUGUGCAUCAGUUUGUACCCAUUGUCUCUUGUCCUGUUACUUGGCACCACGGAGAAGAGGCUGGUCCAUCUGCUUGACACCCAUCCUUUAGAUAUUCUGGAAACACAACAGUUCCCAGAUGUGGCUGAAGGACGCAUCCAUGGCUCGGGCCAGCCAACCAAAACCAGACUGCAGUCUCCCCAGCACCCUAACAAUAACAAUAAAGAUGGGCCAACGUGACUUUUCAGGCCUGGAAAAUGUCAAACCGCUCUAAGAAGUUUUAUACUUGUUAGAGGUGGAACAGUUGAAGCAAUCACUCCCUAACUCAAUUCUUG